AUGGCGGCCUACGGCCAGACGCAGUACGGCGGGGGGAUCCAGCAGGCUGUCCCCUACACGGCCUACCCGCCUCCGGCACAAGCCUACGGAAUCCCUUCCUACAGCAUCAAGACGGAGGACAACCUGAACCACUCCCCCAGCCAGAGCGGGUUCCUCGGCUACGGCUCCAGUUUCAGCACCGCGGCCCCUGGACAGAGCCCCUACCCCUACCAGAUGCACGGUCAUAGCUUUUCAGGUACGGCCGGCCUCUACCAAGGAACAAACGGGCUGACCAACGCAGCGGGAUUCGGGAGCUCGAAGGGGGACUAUCCUUCCUACCCCAGCUUCCCCCAGAGCCAGUACCCCCAGUAUUACAGCUCAUCCUACAGCGCUCCCUACGUCCCGGCCGGCAGCCUCUGCCCUUCGCCCCUGUCCACGUCCACCUACGUCCUCCAGGAGGCACCGCACAACGUCCCCAACCAGAGUUCUGAGUCCCUGACUGGUGAAUACAACACGCACAAUGGACCCUCCACGCCGGCAAAAGAGGGGGACACAGACAGGCCACACCGGGCCUCGGAGGGGAAGCUCCGGGGACGGUCGAAGCGGAGCAGUGACCCCUCCCCGACAGGGGACAAUGAGAUCGAGCGCGUGUUCGUGUGGGACCUGGAUGAGACCAUAAUUAUUUUUCACUCCCUACUCACGGGGACCUUCGCCUCCAGAUACGGAAAGGACACCACGACGUCCGUGCGCAUCGGCCUGAUGAUGGAGGAGAUGAUCUUCAACCUGGCGGACACACACCUCUUCUUCAACGACCUGGAGGAUUGUGACCAGAUCCACGUUGAUGACGUCUCAUCAGAUGACAACGGGCAAGAUUUAAGCACCUACAACUUCUCCACUGACGGCUUCCACAGCGCAGCCCCGGGGGCCGGCCUGUGCCUGGGCACCGGGGUGCACGGCGGCGUGGACUGGAUGAGGAAGCUGGCCUUCCGCUACCGGCGGGUGAAGGAGAUGUACAACACCUACCGGGACAACGUGGGUGGCUUGAUAGGGGCUCCCAAAAGAGAGACCUGGCUGCAGCUCCGAGCAGAGCUGGAGGCGCUGACAGACCUCUGGCUCACGCACUCCCUGAAGGCGCUAAACCUCAUCAACUCCCGGCCCAACUGUGUCAACGUGCUGGUCACCACCACCCAACUGAUCCCUGCCCUGGCCAAAGUCCUGCUGUACGGACUGGGCUCCGUGUUCCCCAUCGAGAACAUCUACAGUGCCACCAAGACAGGGAAGGAGAGCUGCUUCGAGAGGAUAAUGCAGAGGUUCGGCAGGAAAGCCGUCUACAUUGUGAUCGGCGACGGUGUGGAAGAGGAGCAAGGAGCCAAAAAGCACAACAUGCCCUUCUGGCGGAUUUCCUGCCACGCCGACCUGGAGGCACUCAGGCACGCGCUGGAGCUCGAGUACCUAUAGCGACACCCGCCAUCGCUACCUGCCAUCGCCACACCCACCGGGCCCCCUGGCCGCCCCACCUCCCCUCCAAGAGCCCCAAAGGCCCGGACGCCGGACCCCAGGCAGAGCGCUGCACCCGAGGACUGUCCAGUGGCCGUCCCAGAAGCCAUCCAGGGGGAUUCCGAGAGCAGAGGGCCGGUGGCGACGCGGCCGGGGCUGCUUGGAGUCCUGCAAGACACACAGGACAGCAGGGGGAACUGGUGGCCAGGGGAGGGCAGGUGGCUUCCUUUUGUCCCGUUGUUAAUUUAUGGCCUGGCCUGCACUCUGGCCACGCUCUGGCACCGUGCUGGUUCCUUGGUGGCUGGUCUGGCGGCUGAACCUGGCGUGGGGCCCCGGGGGCAGCUCUGGUUUCAGGGCUCUCUGCUCAAGUCGUGCUCUGGGGGGACAAUCAUUCUCUAGCAUCUGUGAGGGAGGUAUCGGGCUGUUGGGAAGACUGUGGCUCACCUUUGUUUUUAAAGACGGCUGUGGACAGCACACGUGCCUUAUGCUGCCAUCUUGUUCCUGGGGAGAGGAGGACACUGGGGAGGAAGCGGUACUUUGUGACGGAUAAAAGGCAUUAAA